AUGACAGCUAGCCACUGUGUUUCGCCAGCUCUCGAUGGUGAGUCCAGGUCGGAACUGCCCCGAAGUCUCAAGUGUGCUGCCACAACUUUUUAUCGGACAUCAGCGUCGUCCGAAACGAGUUACAGUGGCAGUCCGCGAACGCUCUUGUACACGGGCCCCAGGAAUCAGAACCAGACCGUUCAGGCCUGCGUCGCCUUCUGCAAAGGAAACGAUUACCAGUACGCCGGCCUGGAAUAUGGCAAGGAGUGCUUCUGCGGCGCCUCUGUCAACAAUAUUCAAGCUACCGAAUCAGAUUGUGAUUUCAGCUGCGGUGGUGACAGUACGGAGGUUUGUGGAGGACUGAAGCAUAUUAGCAUCUAUCAAGAUCCAACGUUCCCUGUCGCAGAUUUCACGACGAUUUCGGACUAUCAGAAGCUCGGGUGCUACUCUGAAGGAUCUAUGGGACGCUCGCUCUCUUGGAGACAGUCUCAGGUUAAUGCUUCUACAAUGACCGUCGAAAGCUGCCUUACUGCAUGUAAGACGGGUGGAUACUCGUUUGCUGGUCUCGAAUUCGCCCAGGAGUGCUACUGUGGUGUUGUUUUGGGCAAUGGAACCCUGCCAGUAGAUGACAGCAAAUGUAAUAAGCCUUGCAGGGGAAAUCCUUCCGAGACCUGUGGAGGAAGCAGUGUUCUUGAUCUCUAUGUUGCCAAGGAUCUGGAGUCAACCGAGCCUUCCCCCUUCUACAAGGCCUACAACUUCUACCUCCUCAUCACAAUCUUUAACUUCUACGUCGAAGUUUCCGACUACUUAUUCUGUUCCGCCUACUGUAACACCCCCUUUAUCACUUCUUCUCCAACCCCAACCUGCGAGUAUAGAGUCGGUAAAUGGUGCUCAAACCCUCUUCCAGCCUUCUACGAUAAGAGCUCGUGCUGGGCUGCAUUCUCAUCCUGUACUGUCCAAGCCGCUUCAUGUUUCUUGAAGGCUGGAUUCCCUGCUAGCAUGAACUGCUUCCAAUUCUCUAGCUGGUGCACAUCUGUCGGUUCCUACUGCAGCAACUACUGCCCAGGCAUCAGCUGCUCCAAGGAUGGCUGCCGAUCCAAAUAUCCUCCGUCUGGACCUGCUCGGCCAUCGUCAAUAGUCUCCACCUCGGUUUACACCUGCCCAGCUCCCACAGCCAAGCCCAGUACCACGAGUGCUACGCCAACUUUGACCUCCUAUAUUCCCAUCCCGACCAACUCCAACAUUUGCGUCCAGCCAAACAACCCCCGGAAAGGAUACAGCUCAGACUCUCCAGUCGGAGGUAUCGGCCUCCCGUGCCUGACCUGUAACAAUAUGCUCUCGGGAUUCAUGGCCGGCUUCCCCUUCAAGCUCUACACAUCUGCCAGGUCUGAAGACUGUCCCUCCUACCCUCGCUACGGCAACAACGGCCCAAGCAAAGGAUGCCAGGAUGCGUGCGACUCCCAGUACAACAGUUGCGUCGACACCUACGCGCAGGGAUGCCGGAACAACAAGCGCGGCGACAAUUUCGAUACUGCGAACACCAAGUGCAAGAAUCAGUGGUAUGACUGCCACAGCGCAAACGCGAAUGUCAACCCAAACAACAGAUGCGGCAGUUGGAACUCGGGUUGGUUCUGA